AUGGUGCGAUCAAUCAAAGCAAUACCACCCGCGCCAGGCAACAAGUCUCAAGAACUAUUGUUGCGGAUCGAAAAGAGCCGUGCACUACCGUUUACGAAGCCAAAAUCGGAUGAAGUACUGCCGAAAGACGUAACAAUGUCUGGGACAUUGUGGAUGGGAGGAAAGGAGCAAAUAGAACGAGAAUUAGCAAAAAUUCGGAAAAAGAGGCAGAAAGCUAAUUCCUGGAGUGACGAAGGUUCGCUGCUCUCACUUCCUUUUCGGCAAUUAGCGUUCUUAAUUGGUAGAGGUUUUGCCGCCGUGAAGAAGGCUGUUAUUAACGAGCAUCUAUUACAAUUUCACAUCAAGGGGCGGAACAUACCUUAUAAAUUAGAGCAUAGAGAUGCGUGGGCACUUGAUGAAGGUCAAGCUCUGGAUAAGCUAGUCAACAUCAAGAUCGUUGAGCCACGGUCGAAAUGA